GUUUUAGCAGUGUGUGAAAAUUGGUUACAUCAUAGAGGAACCAAAUGAUGCCUAUAGAAGGACAUUAAAAAAAGAUUUUUAAGUUUAGGGGUGGGACUUCAGUUAUUUUUAUUUAAACAACUGGACAUUGCACAUAAUCUCAACUGUGCAUUGAUCGGUCUUGUAUACCCAGCUAUAGAUUGUAUGAACUGGCAGAAUGAUUCCAGUCCCUUACAGAAGCAUUAUCAACGGUGGACUGAAACCUGGAAAAAGCUUUACCGUCCGAGGAGAGGUCAACUGCAACCCUCAUAGAAUAGAAUUCAACUUUCGCCACAAAUACGGGGUUGCAUUUCACUUCAAUCCAUGUUUUGAUGAGAAUAAGGUAGUGUGCAACACUUGGGAGUGUGGUAGGUGGGGUCCAGAGGAAUGUCCUGCAGAGAUGCCAUUUAAAGCAGGUCAACCCUUUGAGAUCUACAUUUAUUGUACUGAUCAUUCCUUCAACGUGUUUGUGAAUGGUGUACAUGUGCACCCUUACAGGCAUCGCUUUUGUUCAUUAACUGCAAUCGAUGUUUUUGAAGUUCUUGGAGAUCUGCGGAUAAAUUAUGUGGAUGCUUACCAGCAGCCUGUGGAGAGAGAGAAAGUGAACGAGAAACCUUACCUGCACCGUACUUACUGUACGUCGUCCAAAGCUGGAGAGCAGCCUGUGGAGAGGGAGAAAGUGAACGAGAAACUUUACCUGCACCGUACUAACUGUACGUCGUCCCAAGUUGGAGAGCCAGCAGCCUGCGGAAAGAGAGACAGUGGAGGAAGUGAACGAACAAAACCUCACCUGUACCGUACUUACCGCACGCCGUCCCAAGCUGUAAAGCCAGUCCCUUACAGAAGCAUUAUCAACGGUGGACUGAAACCUGGAAAAAGCUUUACCGUCCGAGGAGAGGUCAACUGCAACCCUCAUAGAAUAGAAUUCAACUUCCGCCACAUUUUAGGGGUUGCAUUUCACUACAAUCCUCGUUUUGAUGAGAAUAAGGUAGUGUGCAACACUUGGGAUGGUAAAUGGGGUCCAGAGGAAUAUUCUCCAGAGAUGCCAUUUAAAGCAGGUCAACCCUUUGAGAUCUACAUUUAUUGUACUGAUCAUUCCUUCAACGUGUUUGUGAAUGGUGUACAUGCGCACUCUUACAGGCAUCGCUUUUGUUCAUUGACUGCAAUCGAUGUUUUUGAAGUUGCUGGAGAUCUGCGGAUAAAUUAUGUGGAUGCUUAGCGGAGAUUUGUUUUAAGGUUCAAGAUCAUCAAGUCAAUGUACAAAUAUGUUUCUAUUGCAUUUGCUUAGUAAUGUAAUUAAUUACUUAAUCUCAUGCCUCUUGGUUUGUAUACCAGUAAACUGCAUUGACUGAUUCUGAAUAUUACAGAAAAAUAAACAUAAUGCAAAAAAUGUCUUGAUUCUGGUUAUUUUAGCUUAUAUGUGCCUAAUGUGGUUUUUAUUCAGAUUGGUGGAUGUUAUAACAUUAUUCUGUGAUAUAUGUAGGGCUUUCCAUUAACACCUGCCAACAUCCGCUAACCUGCCAAAUGCAGUUAAAGUCCAGGCUAA